CUUUACUUAAGCGACCUAUAAAGAAAGAUGACUUCAGUGAUUUGAACAACUUGACUAGGACAACUCGUGUUACGCUGGUAAAUUGCGGAGGUGUUACCGAUAUGAAGCUCGUAAUCUCUGUUUGCGUUCUGGCGUUGGUCGGGUUGGCUUUGGCUGAUACGAAAACUCACUCUCGUGGCUGCAUAUACAUUGUAGGAAGAUGUGCCAGAGAAUGCGAAGAAGGCACCCACGCCUACGCAGUUGGUUGCGCACAGAAGACCCCUGAAGCGACUUGCGAAGAACCAAACCCUGUGAAGGAAGAAGCCAUUAUUUGUGAUUACUCUGCCUGCUACUGCGACCCGCCUACCGUCAGGGACACAGUCUCGGACAAAUGCGUGGCCCUCGAAGACUGCCCUAAGAAAAAUUAAGUUUCAUUUUAUCAGAAAAUCGUGGACAUCUAAUAAUUAUUAUAACAAUUUUAUACCAGCGAGAAAGAAAGAGAGGUUCUUUCUCGCUGGUAUACACAACAACAUAUUAUAUGUUUAAUAAUUUUGUACUGAAA